AUUCAGUGUUAGGUCCUGGCCUGUGACACAGUUGUGGAUAUUAAUCUGCCUCCAAGGGUUUCCUCUGUUCAUACCUGCAUCACUUUGCAACUGUUUAAGACAGGUGCAACAUUGUACUCCAGUUAAACAAUACAGUAAUUUAAGUCGCUGCUACUAUAAUGGAAAAGUAUGAAAAAUUAGCUAAGAUUGGAGAAGGGUCUUAUGGGGUUGUAUUCAAAUGCAGAAACAAAACAUCUGGACAAGUGGUAGCUAUUAAAAAAUUUGUGGAAUCUGAAGAGGAUCCUGUUAUUAAGAAAAUAGCACUAAGAGAAAUACGUAUGCUGAAGCAAUUAAAACACCCAAACCUUGUGAACCUCAUUGAAGUGUUCAGGAGAAAGAGGAAAAUACAUUUAGUUUUUGAAUACUGUGAUCACACACUUUUAAAUGAGCUGGAAAGAAGUCCAAAUGGAGUUGCUGAUGGAGUGAUUAAAAGUGUAUUAUGGCAAACACUUCAAGCUCUUAAUUUCUGUCAUCAACAUAAUUGUAUUCACAGAGAUGUAAAACCUGAAAAUAUUCUAAUAACUAAGCAAGGAAUAAUCAAGAUCUGUGACUUUGGAUUUGCACGAAUUCUGAUUCCAGGAGAUGCCUACACUGACUAUGUCGCUACAAGAUGGUACCGAGCUCCUGAACUUCUCGUGGGAGACACUCAGUAUGGCUCUUCAGUCGACAUAUGGGCUGCCGGCUGCGUUUUUGCAGAGCUCCUGACAGGCCAGCCGCUCUGGCCUGGAAAGUCAGAUGUGGAUCAACUUUAUCUGAUCAUCAGAACUCUGGGAAAACUAAUCCCAAGACAUCAGUCCAUCUUUAAAAGUAACCAAUUUUUCCAUGGCGUCAGUAUUCCUGAACCGGAAGACAUGGAAACUCUUGAAGAAAAAUUCUCAGGUGCUCAUCCCAUGGCUUUGAAUUUUAUGAAGGAGUGUCUGAAGAUGAAUCCAGAUGACAGAUUAACCUGUGCCCAACUCCUGGAGAACCCCUACUUUGAUUCUCUCCGAGAAGACCAAAUUAAAAGAAAAGUACGUAAUGAAGGAAGAAGCAGAAAACAUCAGCAGGUACCUCCAUUCAAAGGUUAAAGUGCUAUUAAAAAGAUUUUUUUUUUCCUUUUCCUACGUUUCAAAGUGAGACUGGGUGGACACCAAGACCUUAUUUUUGCACUGGUUUAGUUGUAUUUGUUUACCUAAUAAAUACUGGUUGAUGUAAUAAAAUCAUAAAGCUAUGAAAUA